AUGAUAGACGUGUCCUGGCGGGUGUGGCCACAUCCUCAUCUGGCGCAGGAAGAAUGCAAUCUUGGCUCUCCGCCCAUUGGCCGGCGUCGCCGGCGGUGUGCGGCCGGACUGAACGCAGCUACCCGGCGCCCGACGCUGAUAAAGGAGCGACGUUUACGUAGUACUGAAACGAGAGCCCCCGCGAGCGAUGAGGCGCGAAAAUUAUCGCAUUUAUCGGAAAGCAAAUCACCGAAUCCUUUGAUGUCGUCGCUAAUUCGACAAUUACACCCGGCACCGGCGGGGGGCAGCGGAAUCGACUGGGCGCGAUCGUGGGGUGGAAAUGCGAAACGGUAG